AUGAGAGUACUCUUUCGUGCCCAAGAUUUAUGGGAUAUUGUUGAACAUGAAUUUAAAAAUGUCAAGGACUCUACAACAUUUGAGGCUUUGACAAAAGAGGAGAAAGAUUCAUUAAUUGAAAAAAGAAAAAAAAGAUCAAAAGCUGAAACUGCACAUGAUGCGUGGGACAUUCUGCAGAAGUCCUACAAAGGAGAUGAAAGAGUUAAACAAUUACGAGCAAAUAGUGAAAAUAUUAAUAACCAACGCAUAGUUGAAAAAAUUACACGAUCAAUAGAUUCUAAGUUUGAUAAUGUUGUUCCAGCUAUUGAAGAAGGGAAUGACAUGUCUCAAAUGUCCUUAGAAAGAUUAAUGGAUUCGUUGUCAUCACACGAACAACGAAUGAAAUAUCGCAACAAUAAUAUUAAUUAUAAUUCUGAGCAUGCUCUACAAAGUAGAGCACAUGUUACUACUCGAGGUGGAUAUAACAAUGGUCGUGUUCGUGUUCGUGGUCGUUGCCGUGGUCGAGGUCGCGGUAAAGGAAGAGGAGGAACUUAUUUUUCCUCUAAUAAGGGAAAAAAAUGGAAAAGUAACCAUAUGACAGGUCAAAAAGAUAUCUUUAGCUUCUUAGAUAAAUCAGUUCAAGGAGAAUUGUUUAAGAAAGGACAAAAGAUUGUAUUGGAAGAUGGAGUUUGCGAGAUCAAAGGCAAAAAUGAUAAGACUAUUACAAGGGUGAAAAUGACAAAGAAUCGCAUGUCUCCUUUGUCUAUUCAUACUAAAUAUUUGAUGAACUUGCAAGCUAUGAUUAAGGAUAGCAACUCGAUAUGGCAUCUUCGUUUCGAUCAUUAA